CGUGAUCAGAAGUCAGACAAUAACAACACACCAAAAAGAGCAAAGCUCACCAGAUCCCAACCGCUCAUGCAGUAGCCACACGGUGCCACUGCUUCUCCUCUCUCUUUCUCUCUCCUUCUUCCUGCCUCUCUCUCUUUCUCUCACCUCCUCCUCCUCCUCCUCUCUCCUUUCACCAUGAUGUCCAUGAACAGCAAGCAGGCGUUCAGCAUGCACCCCAUCCUGCACGAGCCAAAGUACACCCACCUGCACACCAGCUCCGAGGCAAUCAGGAGAGCCUGUCUCCCAGCGCCGCAGAUCCAGGGGAACAUCUUCGCCGGGUUCGACGAGACCCUCCUGCGGGGGGCCGAGGCCCUGGCGGCGGUGGACAUCGUGUCGCAGAAGGCCCACCCCUUCAAGCCGGACGCCACCUACCACACGAUGAGCAGCGUGGGCUGCCCGCCGGCCCCGGCCUCGGUGCACCUGCACCACCCGUCGGUGCUGACCCCCCACCACCCGCACCACCCGCACCACCCGGGCCACCCGGGCCACCAGCCGGCCCAGGGCCUGGACGGCGACCUGCUGGACCACCUGAGCUCGGCCCUGCCCCUGGGCGGGGGGCCCGGGCCGGACGUGGGCCCCGGGGCCUCGCACCCUCACUCGCACAUGGCCGCCCUGGCCCCCCUGGCCCACCCGCCGCCGCCGCCGCCGCCCGUGGCCGCCCACGCCCACCCCCACGGGCUGGGGGCCCACGCCGUCCUGGCCGGGCCCGAGGCCGAGACCGACCCCCGGGAGCUGGAGUCCUUCGCCGAGCGGUUCAAGCAGCGGCGCAUCAAGCUGGGGGUGACCCAGGCCGACGUGGGCUCGGCCCUGGCCAACCUGAAGAUCCCCGGCGUGGGCUGCCUCAGCCAGAGCACCAUCUGCCGCUUCGAGUCGCUCACCCUGUCGCACAAUAACAUGGUGGCCCUCAAGCCCAUCCUGGAGGCCUGGCUGGAGGAGGCGGAGAGGGCGCAGCGCGAGAAGCUCACCAAGCCCGAGGCCUACGGCGGCGGGGACAAGAAGCGCAAACGCACGAGCAUCGCGGCGCCGGAGAAGCGCUCCCUCGAGGCCUACUUCGCCGUCCAGCCGAGGCCCUCGUCCGAGAAGAUCGCCGCCAUCGCCGAGAAGCUCGACCUCAAGAAGAACGUCGUCCGGGUCUGGUUUUGCAAUCAGAGACAGAAGCAGAAGCGGAUGAAGUUCUCGGCCACCUACUGAGGAGGCCGGCGGUGGAGGCCGUGGGGUGAACUCACGGGCGGCGGACGGGACUGACUGACUGACGGUCCGCCGCCAGGGAUUCGCCGGCGGUGACGGUGACGAGACACUCUUUUUUUUUAAAAAAAAAAGAAGAAGAGAAGAGAAAUAUAUAUAUACAGAGAGAUAGAUAUAUAGAGCGGCGGGAGAAACUCAGCCAACUGUACCAUAGUCCCGGUGACUUCCGAGGCAGGCCUCCCGUCCUCCUUUAAGCUAAAGACUGCGAGCAUUCGUUCUCUCCUCCCGCCCCCGCCCGCCGCACUGGCUUUCGGAAAAUGCAAAAGGAAGAGAGGGAGGAAAAAAACAAAAACACGAGAGAUCAUGAUAAUCUACGAAACUUGAAACACACCUUCGUUCUUCUCGGUUCGAAGUACCCUUUUUUAUAUUUAUGGUUGUAAAUAAGUCCCCGUCGAUAGCGAUGCACCCGCCUUUAAAAAGUUUGGAGUUUGAUCGUGGCUACCGUGGUUUACUUUGGCUCUUGGGCACGCCAUUCCAGUUUACCUCGUUCCGUCUCUCUGUCUCUGUCGUUCUCUCUCGCUUUCUUUCACUCGCUCC